AUGAGCAAAACUACUGAGAUGGCUACCGUACGACGUCUGGGUCUCUUAGAGGCUGGUUCUGCGGCCUUUCACUUGAUGGGUCUAUAUCGCGCGGUCGUGGUAUCAGCAACAUACAGCAUUCCCUCGGACAAACCAUCCAAAGAAGCCAUUUACGCAGCUUUGGGAGAAGUUAUCACUGAAAAUCCCAUACUGCGUGUUGGUAUCAAGGAUGAGGGCGAGACUAAAGCCUACUUCACUCACAUUCCUGAGAUGAAGUUGGAUAACUUUGUGGAGUUCCGCAGUUCUGUUCCUGAGAAGUUUACUAAGAAUCUGGAAGAAUUGCACUGUUGGUGUCAUGACCAGAUCUUCCAGGAUGUUGAGACGAGACCACCUUGGAGGAUGGUUGUUCUCAGACCAGCCGGAGAGGCUCCCGAAUUUGAGGCCAUUGUCUUUGCCUUCCACCACUCUCUUAUGGAUGGUAUGGGAGGAAGAUUGUUCCAUGAGAAGCUCCUUGCCAAGCUAAACACUCUACCUCCCAACCCAUCAUGGUCGAGCACUCUGUCUUUCCCAGAGUUGCCGGUGCUGCCUGAACCUCAAGACAAGGUCAUUGACUACACAACCACCAUACCUCAUCGACUUAUGGGUUGGUGCAGCUGGAUGUGGCCUUCGUUUCUUUCACGAGCUACCCCAGAGAUCUGGUCUGCUGAGCCCAUCGACUUCAGUCGCCCGCACAAGACUCGGAUCGUCACCGCAAAUAUUCCUCCCAAUGUGGUGAAGAGUGUUCUUGAGGAUACUCGAUCCCAUGGAACAUCUCUUACAGGUCUACUACACGCUGUCGCACUCACCUCGCUAUCAAGGCGUGUUCCCGAUGCUCUAGGCUUUGUGUCGUCAACGCCUAUAAGCAUGCGUCCAUACUUGUCUCCUACAGCCGACCCAGCUCUCAAAGAGGCAUUAUUCGGCUGUGUUAGUGGCACAUCACACGAGCACCAGUUGACAGCAAUCAAGGCUCUCCGAAGGGCACAAGGCGAUGCCCUUGAUGAUCUAGUCUGGUCGCACGCACAAAAGAUAAAAGAUGAGCUCAAGCAAAAGACAUCAACACUCCCCGCCAACGAUGGCCUCCAAGCCCUCCGCGGCAUCAAGGACUGGACCGAGUUCCUGACUGACAGAGACCACCAAAAACGCACAAAGACGUGGGAAGUCAGCAACAUUGGUCAGUUGACACAGGUUUCUGAAUCCGGAGAUGAGGAAGAAUCCGAUGUUGAGAAGAGAACUAUCACGCAUGCGAUGUUUACGAAUUCGCCCAUGAUCUCUAGUGAUCCCAUGAGUAUUAGCGUUAUAAGUGUCAAGGGUGGGGGUUUGACUUUGGGCAUAACGUGGAAUGAAGGGAUUGUGGAUGAGGAGCUCAUGGAAGCUUUGGGAGAUGAUUUGGAGUCUGCUAUGAAGCAGUUACAUGAGGAGGGAGGGUUGCGUAUGGAUUGGCUGUAUGAUGAUGAUGAUUAA